GACGUCAUCGUCACGGAGCGGAGGAGGCUGGGAAGGCCGUGGGGCUUUGAGCGCCGUGCAAAACUUACGAGUCGUCUUCUUGUAGCAAAAAUCCUUGCAGCGACAGCCAUGUCGUCCUUGAGCACCAAGUCUGACAAGGAGAUCAACGAGCUGCUGGAUGAGUACGGUAUCAAACAUGGGCCCGUGGUCGGUUCGACACGACAACUGUACGAAAAGAAGCUGAAGGAAGUCAUGGCCAAGGAUGCCAAAGGGAAGCCCUCCUCUGACAAGACUUACUACAGAGAGGAGCAGGAAGAGGUUACUUAUGUCCACUAUCGCACUCCGCCAAAAAAUGAAAACUUUGGUGAUGGUUCUUUCCAGAGGCGCUAUACAAGUCCAGGGUAUACUGGGGAAUCUCCGAUGGACUAUGAGUUCCAACCCAGCUUCCACAGAACAGAACCUGUUUACAGUCACGUGUCGCGCUCAAAGCCCCCUCCUCUAAAACUUUCCCGAGACGGCCCUAGCAAGGAGAGCGCUCCUGCUCACACUCGCUUCAUUCCACUUUGGUUCCAGUUUCUCGUGUUUUUGGGUGUGGCUGCCUUCUUGUACUUCGUCUUUACAAAUAUGGAAACACCAGAGAGCAACCCCUUUGUAAGCAAACUGGAAUGAUUCUUUUUUAAAUAGCCCAUCAACUAUCCAAACUACCAUUUUUAUUGUAACCAGUAUGCAUAUAGAUCUUAAAUGAGGACAAAUAUGAAAAUUUUUAGUUUAAGUCAAUGAUGCAAUGAGUUUUUCAAUUUUUUUUUUUAAAUGUAGUAUCACCUACUGUUACCAUUACUGAAGAAAUCCAUUAAUCUGCUGCAAGCAUUCUGUUCAGUCAUUUUUAAAAGUUUUUUUUUGUAAUGCUGUCACUACACCGUACAUGUGCCUUAUUUUUUUAUUAAAGGAACUGUUUGUAUGAAUAUAAUGCAGUGUUUCAGAAAAUUUAAAGGGCAGUUAACAGGAUAGGGUUUAAAUGGAUGUUUAGUCAUUUUUGACUCUUUAUUUGUAAAUAUUUUUUGUGUGAAGCAGUUAUAUAGAAAAGUAUGCUGGAUCAGUGUUGUUUUUUUUUUUUUUAAAAAUUUGCACAUGGUAUUAAGCCAGUGCAGCCUUGAGAGGUUUGUCAGCCAGAGAGCAUCAGCUGGCUGCUGCUGCAGAAUCACCUCACACUCCCAGAUCUUCCAGCUGUCUGCAGUGAGUUUGAUGGGUAGCACAAUGCCUCCAAGUAAUUAAUUUUUAGAUUUUUAAAAAAUAAACCAUUAUAUAAAAUUGGAGAAUUAUUUUGUGUAUAUCUGCUAAUAAUUAACUGUAAUUAAGUAGAUGUCUUAAACGGUUGGUGGACAAUCCGAAUAAAUAUACUGCAGUUGCCAGUAUUGAAAAAUGUUUGAGAGGGAACAACAAAAAGCUUUUCAAAGUGAUCCACAGCCUUGCAUUCUACUGUAUCAGUGCUGAACUUAAUUGCAUUUAAGAGCUUUGAACACCUGCUUCCCUCAACAAUUAAUAGCUAAAUUUUAUUUGCUCUACCAUUUGAUGAUUAGUAGUAAGUAAUAGUGCUUCUGUGGUGUUUAUUUAGAGUAGGAUGGUUUCUUCAUCAAAUAGUGUCAGACCUCAAUUUUUUAAACCUGACCUCUGACUGUGUGAAAGGGGGUUUGGCUUUCAGUUACUGCAGCUUUUGUCAGAGUAAUAUACUUAUGAGAACUAAGAAUAAAAGAGGAAAUGAAGGCUUUAACUUAAACUGAGCAUAAGUAACUACGCUUCAGUUUUUACUGGUACAGGAGAACCCUAGUUCACAUCAGCUGUUUUUUUAAAAAAAAAAAAGAUUUACAAUAACAGUAAAAAUCAGUUUUCAUUGCCAGUGAAGUUGAGCUACUAAAUCUUUUCUUACAUAACUUAAAUCAGUAAGCUCUAGAAGUUAAACAUUUGGAUGGUUUUAGUGAGUUGUGCUUGGUAACUAACUUUUCAGCCAUGCAGUGUAUACCAGUUUGCAAUAAAAAAAAAAAAAAAAUAAUUGUUUUGUAUGGCAGCUGUUACUUACCAUUUUUUGCAGUUAAUGCUGUAUGUUCAGUGCAGGUGUGGCCCUGUCUCUUCUCCUUUGACCUUGUUAAUAUGUUACUUACCGUUUCCUUUGUCUAAUGUUUGCUUAACAUUCAGCUGUAUAUUUUCUGAUUGCAUUUUCACUUGUGCAGCAAAACAAAGCAUAUAUAUCAAAUUUUUCACUAGACUUGUUUUUCAAAAAUGUAAAGAUUUUCUGCAAUUAAAUUUGAAUCUUUGAAGUUUUUAAAUACAAGAUUAAAACAAGGAAUGACAUUUAGCAUGGUAUAUACCAAUGCUAUAUUUAAUAGCCACCUUAACACCAUUCCAAGGGAAACUUGCUGUAAAUCAUGAAGAUUAUAGGUGCUAUGUGUCAAAGUCUGACUACAGGGGCAAUAAGCAGUUAGUCAGCCCAAUAUCUGAGUGAAAGCAGUAUAUUUCCUUUGAGAAAUUAGUGGAUGCGGGUAACAAACUUUCGAUUUACGGGCAGCUCAAGGUUUUUCAAGGGAUAUGAAACACCUUCACCCAUGUUGCUACCUUAUUUUUACUUUUUGCUUCUGCAAAAUAUUGCCAAUAAAGUUGAAGGAAAGCCAGUGGACAUUUCUGGUGUGGAGUGGUAUAUGAACCAC